UGCUGGUGACUGAAAACGUGACCCCCGAAGGACACAGACACCUUCGGCAGCUAACUUUCCUCUUUUUUUACUUAUCCAAAUAGUUCCAGAAGUUGCAGUGGAAAUUACAUAGCUGUGAAAGUACGGAUGGUGCUUUUCAGCCAUGAAUCGAUUUGCAAAGGAACUCACCAAAGUGAAGGAGAAAGUUACCCGCCAGAAGGUGAUGCCCCUUCCAAACAAACUGCCAACUUUCAUAAAUUACAAACCAACUCAGAGACUCACUGGCCGGAAACCUAAAGUGAUCAUGAAACUGGAUCCACUGUCUCAGAACCACAAAAAGACAUUGAUGGAUAAUAUCUUCCAAAAUCUUGCUAUUAAACGACAAAGAGUCGUGACAAGCACAAAGGCAUUUGUGCAGAACGUAUCACAGAAAACAUUUGGCAAGUACCUGUUGCUGACCAAUACCACAGUGACGGUGUCCCUCUCUGGGGCUGGAGACUACAUGCAGCAGAUUUAUCAGAUCAAAAAAGGUACUCACAAACAGUGGGACAAGGCACGAACGUUGAAACUUUCCUUGACUGGCAUAACCAUAGGUCCUGCCUGCCAUUACUGGUACCUGUACUUGGACAAAUGGUUUCCUGGAAAAACUCUUUCGGUUCUAGUGAAGAAAAUUCUCUGUGAUCAGAUACUGUUCUCUCCAGUCUGCAUUACCCUCUUUUUCCUCAGCUUCGGCUUGUUCAGUGGCCACAGUUUGUUGAAGAUCAAAGAUGAGUUGUAUUGGAAAGGGACCCAUCUGUUUGUGGUGGAUAUGCUUGUGUGGCCUGUGGCACAGUUCGUUAACUUUAAAUUCUUGCCAACAAAGUUCAGGGUGAUCUACGACAACACGAUAUCUCUGCUUUAUGACUGCUACUACUCAUAUGUCACUUACUAUAGCAAAGAGGGGAAUGAGGAGAAAAAGGGGGAGGAACACAUACGCAAAAGUUUACCUUAAAUAAUCUUGGUUCUACAGAAAAUCUACCAGAUGGAUCAGGAUCCUGAUAUAUAAUGUGUUAAGUUUGAAACCAUUGAUGAACUUUGGUACAGCAGUUCAGGUAUCUGGUCACUGGGUUUUCUGUGACAUUGACCUUAAUUGUUUGCAGUCUUAAACUUAUUAUAUUUAUUAUACCAUUAGGUUAAUGUAUGGAUAGUGCCAGUACAGGUUCAUACCAAAGUAUACACUGGAACCUACAAAUACCAGAGGGUAAGAGAUACAUAAUAAAACAUGUGCUUCAUUUUAGAAUGACUUCAAAGUAAGUGUUAGAUAAAGAUAUUAAAGAUACAUAUGGUAUAUGAACAAGUAACUACUAACUGUCUCUAGUAUGUUGUCUGCAUGACCAAAGAUGAUGCUCAGGUUACAGGUUAUUAUUUUAAAGCAACUCAGAAUAUGCAAGGUUAGUAAUUUGAUUCUUUCAAUACAUAUGCUAGAAAAGCACUUCGGCUGUGUAGUGUUAAGAUGCCUUUUCGCCUGAUCUUUGUGAAGUGUCACUUCUGUGUAUACGUAACCCCAGUUUUAAUGCUCUUAAAAGUUUAUGGAUUUGAAUAACAUAUUGAUACCUAAAUCUGAAAGAGAAAAGCUUCCUGUUCAAAGCAUGCAUGUUGUAGUGCUGCUCCGGGCCUCCGGCAUGAAUGUCAUUGACAGUAUUCGUUGGAGUAUUUAUUUAUUAAAUAUUUCAUUUUUUGUUUCAAGGAAUUUUAAUGAGGGCAAGUGACUGCCACACACAUUCUUGGUGAACUUUUAUUUUCUAAAUGUUGUCAGUUUCUCAGUGAAGUACCAGUGAGACGGCAUGACCAGACUUUACACAGUUGGUUUUCUUUGAUAAUUUGGUUUUGUGGGAUACAUUUACCAAUGAUGUUGGAAGAGCCGUUGCUAAAGUAAACACUGAGAGAUAUUUUGUGCCAUAUAAUUUAUUAAAAUAUGUUAAAAUAAUUAAAUAACUAAAAUAUGUGUAAAUUGGUUUGUUGGUUUGUUUUUAGAUAUGAACAGUCAACCUUUCAACCAAGUGAUAUUUUUAAAGAAAAGAGUUGAAAAAAUAUAUGUUUAUGCACCGUUGAAUGUACAAUUUUCUUGUAUUUGAAAAGGAUAUUAUAAGUUGAAAUAGAGACAGUUUUUUUCUUUUUAAAGGUGCAUACAAAGUCA